AUAGGGUUUUCGUUUUCCCUAAAAACCUAAAUUAGGUCAUCGUAUUUUUCGAGUCCCCCUCCUUCCUCCGUUCUUCUCACACCAAAAGGCCAAAUAACCCAACAACGGUCACACGAAAACAAGAGAGGGAAACAGAGCAACUAUCUCUGCCUCAAAAAUGGCGGCCACUCAUAAUUAAACGACCUCGUUUUGUGAGAGUUGAUCGGCCAGAAUCCUCUGCGACGCAGGUCUGCUGUAAGAGUUGAUUGCUUGAUCAGAAAGAUUGGUUUUUUGACGGCUGAAGAUGGAUGUUGGGGUGCUUGAUGAAAUCAUACGGCGGUUACUUGAUGCUAAGAAUGGGAGAACGGUGAAACAGGUUCACCUUCCCGAGGCUGAGAUUCGCCAGCUUUGUGUUGCUUCUAAAGAUAUUUUUCUUAGUCAACCUAAUCUCCUUGAACUUGAAGCUCCUAUUAAGAUUUGCGGAGAUAUUCAUGGUCAGUUUUCUGAUCUGCUUCGGUUGUUUGAAUACGGGGGCUUACCGCCUGAGGCGAAUUAUUUAUUUUUGGGAGAUUAUGUAGACCGUGGUAAGCAGAGCAUAGAGACCAUUUGCCUUCUUCUCGCAUACAAGAUAAAGUAUAAGGAAAACUUCUUUCUUCUUAGGGGAAACCAUGAAUGUGCUUCAAUAAAUCGCAUAUACGGGUUUUAUGACGAGUGCAAGAGGAGGUAUAAUGUUCGUCUUUGGAAAGCAUUCACAGACUGUUUUAAUUGCCUGCCUGUUGCUGCACUUGUCGAUGAAAAGAUCCUUUGCAUGCAUGGAGGACUGUCACCCGAUUUGAAAAAUUUUGAUCAGAUCAGGAAUUUAUCUCGACCAGCGGACGUCCCAGAUCAGGGCCUUCUUUGUGAUUUGUUGUGGGCUGACCCUGAGAAGGAACUUGGUGGCUGGGGUGAGAAUGAUAGAGGGGUCUCAUUCACUUUUGGAGCGGACACUGUCUCAGAAUUUCUUCAGAAGCAUGACAUCGAUCUAGUAUGCCGAGCUCAUCAGGUUGUGGAAGAUGGUUAUGAAUUUUUCGCCAAUCGCCAGCUCGUGACCAUAUUCUCAGCACCGAAUUACUGUGGGGAGUUUGAUAAUGCUGGAGCAAUGAUGAGCGUGGAUGAUUCUCUGACAUGUUCGUUUCAGAUCCUCAAAGCUUGUGAAAAGAAAGGAAAACUUGAUUUUAAUAAUCAUAUGUUGAGACCUGGGACUCCCCCGCGGAAGGGCGGGAAAGGUUAGCAGGUUCGUAUCUCAUCAUACGAAUAGAAGCUCCCCUGUCAACUCAAAAGCUGCUAAAUCAUACAGCAGUUAUGCAAUGUCGUCCGAAUGAGGCGUCUUUUUCAGGAUCCUGCGUUUGUCCAUUAUUAUUCGUGCCUAUUUUGUUGUAAUAGCCAGUAACUAAUAUUAGAUCCCCCAUCCCCUAUUUUUAACCUCCUUUUAUGGCUGAAGAGUUUUUAACUCUGACAGAUUGCAGAAAUGGCCACGCCAUAAUUGAUGUUCAUGUACUUGAGACUAGUAGCAAGUUGAUGCAGGAGGGAUAUACCUCAGCUGCAAGUCGAUCUUUCAGAAUGAAGAUCAGACACUUAGAACAGAAAUGAAGAAUGAGAUUCAGAGAAGAAGAAUGCAGAAGAAUAUAGAGAGAGAAGUAGAAAGAAUUCCAAGAUUAAGAAAGGAGAAUUUUAUUAUGAUAUUCAAUCAUGCAUUAUAUUACUUCUUUGUUAA